AUGAAAGCAAUAGUCAUUGAAAAAUUCGGCGGACCCGACUCUCUAGUUAUCAAAGAUGUGGCGAUUCCAGAGCCAAAGCAUGGAGAGGUCAUAAUACAAAUCAAAGCCUUUGGCGUCAACCAUGCGGAAAUGCAUAUGCGAAAGGGAGAAUGGGCCGAAUGGAUGCCAAUUAGCGGUAUAGAGUGUGUGGGUACAGUAUCCAGCUGCCCAGGAGGAGAAUUCAAAGAAGGGACUCCUGUCGCAAGUCUCAUGGGCGGGCUUGGGCGUACUAUUGACGGUAGCUACGCUGAAUACACCCGAGUCAAAGUCUCGAAUGUCGUCGCACUUGGGCCAGCUGCAGAAGAACUACGUUGGGACCAGCUAGCAGCCAUCCCGCAAUCAUAUGCCACGGCGUGGACCUGUCUCUUUCGGAACCUGGAGAUAUCAGCUGGUCAACGGCUUCUCGUUCGUGGUGGUACCUCUGCUCUGGGGAGAGCGGCGAUUAACCUGGCCGUCCAGUCUGGAGUUCAUGUUACCGCAACAACCCGAACGGAGAACCGCAUAUCCCAACUCAAGGCUCUUGGGGUUGGCGAGGUAUUGAUAGAAGGACCGGAUCUCUCCGAACGUAUUUCCGAGAAGUUUGAUGCUAUUCUGGAACUUAUUGGUAACAGCACUGUUGUUGAUUCACUCAAGAUAGCGCGCAGAGGAGGACGAGUCUGCCUGGCCGGGUUCUUGGAUGGCGAGUGGUGUCCACUUUAG